AUGUGGAGCGCGGCGGAGGUGUGCGGGGCCUGCUACGGCCACUACCACGACCGCCUGCCUGGGCGGGGCAAGCCGGACCCCGCGCGCGAGUGGACCCUCCUGGCCGCCGUGGUCAAGGUGCAGGAGGACGAGGCCCCCCCGCCGGGGGGGGGCUCCCGGACAGCUAAGGAAGUUGUUGCCAUGGGAACUGGGACAAAAUGCAUCGGCCAAUCAAAAAUGAGAAAGACUGGGGAUGUUCUCAACGACAGUCAUGCCGAAGUGGUGGCCAAGAGGAGCUUCCAGAGGUAUCUGCUUCACCAGCUGCGCCUAGCAGCUGUGGAACAAGAGACAAGCAUCUUCAGACCAGGAACAGAGCAAGGGAAGUGGAUUCUCAAACCACGUACCACCUUCGUCUUUUUCUCCAGCCACACCCCUUGUGGGGAUGCCUCCAUUAUUCCAGUGACGGAAGAGGAGGUCCAGCCUUGCUGGCCCCUGAGCCCGGUGCCAGCACCCAGGGGCAGCCUUGGCUCUGGAGCACAGUGGAAUGAAAGGGUAGCUGAAGAGACCGCAGCCGACCCUCUUCCCAAGAGAACAAAAGUGGACGCCCAGGAUUCAGCAUGUGGGGAGGCCCGUCAGCUCGCCCUGAGUGCUGCUGAGCUUCCUGCAGCUGUCUGCAGCCCACCCCAAGUGAUGGAUGUCCAUCGAACAGGGGCAAAGUGCGUCCCGGGGGAAGCAGGUGACCCCCGGCAGCCUGGCAGCGAGUACCACACGGUGGGCCUCCUGCGGAUAAAGCCAGGCCGAGGGCCCAGGACUGCCUCCAUGUCUUGCAGCGACAAGCUGGCUCGCUGGAAUGUGCUGGGCUGGCAGGGCGCCCUCCUGAUGCAUCUCCUCCAGCAGCCCCUCUACCUGUCUGCGGUGGUGGUGGGGGGCCAGUGUCCCUACAGCCAGGAGGCCAUGCAGAGGGCCCUGGUUGCACGGUGUCAGCAUGCUCUGCAUUUACCUGAUGGUUUCCAGGUUUACAAGGUGAAAACCCUGCAGUCCAGCUUGCCUUUCAACCACAGCCGGCAAGCAGUUGAGGGCAGCCAUCUUCAGAGCCGAGGCAAGGUAGUUCCCUGCGGUGCAGCCAUCAGUUGGAGUAUGGUUCCUGAGCACCCACUAGACGUCACUUCCAAUGGCUUCAAGCAGGGGACAACCAAGAGAGAAAUUGGCAGCCUCAAGUCUAGGUCUCGCAUCUGCAAGGUAGAACUAUUCCAUGAAUUUCUGAAGUUGGUGGCCCAAAUUCCACAGGAGAACCUACCAGGAACCCUCAGAGCUAAGAGACUGGAGACCUACUGGGACUACAAGGAAGCUGCUGCCAGUUACCAGGAGGCUUGGAAGGAGCUGUGCCGCCAGCCUUUCCGUUCCUGGGUGCGGAGCAGCCGGGAUUACCUGAACUUCACCUAGAGAGAAGCCAU